AUGGCACCCAAGCUCGCUGCGAUCAUUAACUACCGAGUGAAAGUCGUAUUGAAUGAUUCGCGGGCGCUCGUCGGCCAGCUGCUCGCGUUCGACAAGCACAUGAACCUCGUCCUCGCUGAGUGUGAUGAGUUCCGCCGCGUCAAGCGCAAGGGUCAGGCGGUCAAGGCUGCCGAGGAGGACGAAGAGGAGGACGAGAUGAAGCGCACGCUUGGGCUCGUCAUCCUGCGCGGCGAAACGAUUGUCACCUUGAGCGUCGAGGGCCCGCCUCCCGCCAUCGAUGACAAGAACAUCCCCGGGCUCACGCCGGGACCUGGAUUUGGUGCCCCUGCUGGCCGUGGAAUGGGUCUCGCCGCGCCCCCGACGAUGCGACAAGCCCCUCAGACCUUUGCGCCUCCGCCUGGCAUGCCCGGCGGCAUGCCUCCUCCCCCGCCUGGCUUUGCCGCCCCUCCCGGCUUUAUGCCUCCUCCCGGCUUUGCUCCCCGAUAA